AUGGCCGGCCGUUUAAUCAUCACACAGUCAAAUCUAUUGCCACCUUUUAAUAUUUUGUAUAGAGAUAAAUUUGGGCAGACAAAUUUGGAAGGCUAUGUGGGCAAUUGUGUGAAAACUUUUGCUGAGAGGUAUUUAGCUGAUUUGUUUAUAACUAGCACGGGAAAUGUGUCACAUUACAAAGAACUAUAUGAUUAUGUUAUACAAGGUUUUACUGAUAUACCCUCCAUAGUGAUUCCCUUAAAACUUGAGGGUUUGUCCACUAAUUUCUCAUAUCCUUUGGAGUUUAUGGAUGAAUGUUUUAUGAUACCUUUACCCACAGCUAAACCUAUACAGAGCAUAUUUUUUAAUAUUGCACAAUGGCAUGUGUUGCUCUUUAUAGUUUUGCUUUCGAUGAUAUAUGCAGUAUUCUUAAAUAUUGGCCAAUUUAAUACCCUACGUCAGUUAUGCCUCAUCGAUGUGAUUUUUAGUGAUAAAAUCAUACGUGGUCUAUUGGGUCAAUCGUUUGUUAUGCCGCAGAAAAUUAAUGGUUUUAUAAAAUAUGUUUAUAUUUUAAUAUUCUAUACCAGUCUAAUGAUCACCACAAUCUAUACGGUCUAUUUAAAAUCUAAUCUAAUCUCACCACCUCUGGAGAGAAAAAUUAAAAAUCUGGAAGACAUAAGACAAGCUGGUUUAAAAGUUGCAGUACAUCCCAGAGACUUAGAAGAUUGGGAUUAUAAUUUUUACAAAAAUUAUCAGGAUAUUUUAUUUAUCACAAGUGAUAAUUAUUCGGAUUUUAAAAAUUUACGUGAUAGCAUGGACUUGCGUUAUGUUUAUCCGGUGGACUAUCCCAGUUGGACUAUAUACCAUGAACAGCAAAAACUAUUUCAACGUAAAUUGUUUUACUUUUCCAAGGAUUUGUGUUUAAGUCGAAUGAGUUUGUUUGCUAUACCUAUACGACCCGAUUUACCCUAUAAGGAAUUGUUGAAUCAGCACUUGUUGGAUGUUCGUGAUACGGGUCUGCUGCAGCACUGGAUUUAA